GGAGAGAGAGAACUGGAGAGAGAGAACUGGAAAGAGAGAGAACUGGAGAGAGAAACAAGAGAGAGAGGGAGUGGGAGAGAGCUCCAGGGCUGCUACUGCGAGGCUGUUUCUUUACACUCCCUGGCAGCCUCAGUGCUGGCUCUAGCCUGCCCGCCUGGGAAAGUGGGUUACAGAGGGAAGCAGCACAGCCCAGACGCUGGCAGAGGAGGAGCUAGCCCGGGAGUCCAGAGAAGCCUCCUCAUCACUAAGCGUUUUACACUUACACUCUACCUUUAGAAAAUUUGUGCCUCCACUUUCUCCCCACCCCUGCUUGGAUCUGAUGAGGGCUUUGUUAAGUCUCAGAGGGGAAAGAGACUGAGCGAGGGAAAGAGCGAGGCUAAGUGGAAGGGGGCGCGUGCUGGACCCGCCCGAGCAGCCUUGGCAGUGACUGGGAGCCCCAAGUGCUUAGAGCCCCUAUCCGUGGCCAGCAGCGCACACACGCCUCCGGAGUCCACCGAGGACCAAGUCGGAGAGGCCACCAUGGUCGGGAGAGUUCAACCUGAUCGGAAACAGUUGCCGCUGGUCCUACUGAGAUUGCUCUGCCUUCUUCCCACAGGACUGCCUGUUCGCAGCGUGGAUUUUAACCGAGGCACCGACAACAUCACCGUGAGACAGGGGGACACAGCCAUCCUCAGAUGUGUUGUAGAAGACAAGAACUCAAAGGUGGCCUGGUUGAACCGCUCUGGUAUCAUUUUCGCUGGACAUGACAAGUGGUCUCUGGAUCCUCGAGUUGAGCUGGAGAAACGCCAUUCUCUGGAGUACAGCCUCCGAAUCCAGAAAGUGGAUGUCUAUGAUGAGGGCUCCUACACAUGCUCUGUUCAGACACAGCAUGAGCCUAAGACCUCCCAAGUUUACUUGAUCGUGCAAGUUCCACCAAAGAUCUCCAACAUCUCCUCGGAUGUCACUGUGAAUGAAGGCAGCAAUGUAACCCUGGUGUGCAUGGCUAACGGGCGCCCUGAACCUGUUAUCACCUGGAGACACCUUACACCACUUGGAAGAGAAUUUGAAGGAGAAGAGGAGUAUCUGGAGAUCCUUGGCAUCACCAGGGAGCAGUCAGGCAAAUACGAGUGCAAAGCUGCCAACGAGGUCUCCUCAGCGGAUGUCAAACAAGUCAAGGUCACUGUGAACUAUCCUCCAACUAUCACGGAGUCCAAGAGCAACGAAGCCACCACAGGACGACAAGCUUCACUCAAAUGCGAGGCCUCGGCAGUGCCAGCACCUGACUUUGAGUGGUACCGGGAUGACACCAGGAUAAACAGUGCCAAUGGUCUUGAGAUUAAGAGCACAGAGGGCCAGUCCUCCCUGACGGUGACCAAUGUCACUGAGGAGCACUACGGCAACUACACCUGUGUGGCUGCCAACAAGCUGGGUGUCACCAAUGCCAGCCUAGUCCUUUUCAAGCGUGUUUUACCCACAGUCCCCCACCCCAUUCAAGAAAUUGGCACCACCGUGCACUUCAAGCAAAAAGGACCUGGGUCGGUGAGAGGAAUCAACGGAUCCAUCAGUCUGGCCGUACCCCUGUGGCUGCUGGCUGCAUCUCUACUCUGCCUUCUCAGCAAAUGUUAAUAGAAUAAAAUCUAAAAAUAAUUACAAAAACACACAAAAAAAUGCGUCACACAGGAUACAGAGAGAGAGAGAGAGUGCAAGACGGGGGGAGACUUUUAUUAUUUCACAAAUUUGUGUGUUUAUAAAUGAAGGGGGAAAUAAGAAAAUGAAGAAGAACAUGAAACGCUUAAGCCAAUUUUAAAGUCCAUCAAUAAAAUUUGAGUAUAAUUCA